AUGGUGUGUUGCAUAAAAUUUAGGUCGGACGCCACAACCAAGCAACUGGGUGACCAUUUGAAAGAAGAUCAGGAGCUUCCGAUUCAGGAGCUUCCGAUUGAUGUGCCCCCAGAGACCCCUGCCCUCGUGCGUGCUCGCGCCGCAGAAUGGAAUCCGGAGGAGCUGCCCAUCACCCCUCCCAAAGAUCGGUUGCAGCCACCUGUGUCCUGGGGGGAGGUUGUGGAGUCGGAUCGGCGAUCCGUGAGCCUGGAGGUCCGGUCUGAGGAUGGCUCAGAUACGGAGUCUGCGAGCCCCGAGCCACUUCAUCGCGGUGUAGGUGUUGAGGCAUUCAUGCGAGCCAAUGGAUUGCUUGAUCAUGAGCAUGCAGACAAUGGAGCAGACAAGCAUGCAGCAACAUGUGGGGAUGAAGAGCAGGGUGGGCUUGGACAUGAUCCCGAGGAAAUCAAGGGAGCAGGGGAGGAGCAAGAAGACAAUCAGCAAACCCAGCACUAUUCGCCUGAGCAGAACCCUGAAGGAAUGGAGGAGGCUGAGAAGGACAGUGGAGACGACAUUCCUCUGCUAACUCACGCGGCUCAGAAUUCCCUUAGAAAGGCAUCAGGCAGGAAGAAGAAGGACGAAGGAUCGGCAGAUGCAGUUGACCCCAAGCCGAAACCAACGGCGAAGUCCUCGGCUAAGGCCAAGGCUAAGGGUAAGGCCAAAGCGAAGGCCAAGAGUGCAACAGGCAAGCCCGCAGAAGCACCGCAAGAGCAGAAGGACGAGGAUGCUGAUGAUGGUCAGGAUAAGGCCCCCCCAAAGAAGAAAGGGUGGCCUAAGGGUAAGGCAAAGGCAAAGGCCGCUCUGAAGCGACCCGCUGCGGCCAAUGGGAGCAUCAAGAGGAAGCACGACCCAGAGGAGGAGCAAGAGAAGGAUCAGGAGAAGGAGCAUGAUCCACAGGAUUCCGAUCAGUCCCAGGACAUUGACAAGCCUGAUCAGGCCCAGCAGCCGAAGCGAGUGAAAAAAGGAGAGUGCCUUGUCACCUCCGAGCAGAAGAAGCACCUCAAGUCGCUUAUCGCUCACGGGCCUACCUAUCGUGUCGAAGUGUAUUGGACUUGUGCCGCCCCGAAAUGUGGUGUGCGAUGCAAAGAGUCGGGGAAGUCUAUGUUUUGCUACACGUGGGCAUCGUUCACGGUGCUGAUCGAGCUUUGCAAUGAGAUGGUGCAGUUCUUCGAGAAGAAUGGGAAGAAUGUAAAAUGGGCACAAGUGAAUUACGAAGCAAACUCCGUCUUGAUGAACCUGCGACGCAAGUACCGAGCCGAGCUGAAAGCCACGCCUCCUUUGGUGUAG